UGGAUAUCUUUGUUUUAAUGACGAGUUAUUAUUACCAAUGAGAAUGGGGCAACCCUAGGGACACCGAUAAACGCUUGCAUCACCACCCCACCACCUCUAACUCACGUCAGGGUGCAGCGCAAAGAGAAACUAGAGAUUAGCCGAUAGUUGCAUCUCUAGAAGUACAAAAAGAAAGAACAAAAAACAAUAUAAAGGGGAAACGGUAAAAUGGUAAUUAAUAUUCUGAUAAACAAUAAACGCUUGAUUUCUUGCGAAGAUCAAAUCAGUUACCAACAGCUACGUGGUAGAAUAGAAAAAUCCACAAAUUUGCUCCCCGAAGAUUACUACCUCCUGUGCAAUGGAAAACCUUUGGUGGGAGCACAGCCAUCAGGAGAUGUCCAUUGCAUACUGCGUCAGUUGGGCGGCAAGGGUGGAUUCGGUUCCAUGCUCCGAGCUAUUGGCGCCCAAAUCGAAAAGACCACAAAUCGAGAGGCUUGUCGGGAUCUGAGUGGACGCCGCUUGCGGGACAUCAACGAGGAGAAGCGGGUUCGUGCUUGGCUGGAGAAGCAAGGUGAGAGGGAGCGCGAGGCCGAGGAGCGAAAGAAGCGUAAAAUUGAGAAGCUUCUGGCUGUGCCCAAGCACGAGUUCAAGGACGAUGACUACGAGGAAGCAAGGGCCAAUCUUACCGAGAAAGUCAACGAUGCCUUUGAAGAGGGACUCAAACAGGCAGAGGAGAUAAAGGAAAAGCAGGAACCGGAAACUUCAACCAGCGGCUGCAAACGAAAAGCUACCUCAGAGGAUAAAAGCAAGCUGAAGAAAAAGAAAAAAGGAACCCUUUGGAUUGGCGACGACAUAUCCGGGUCUGAUUCAGACUCAGAUAGUAGUGAAGAAGAAUCAGAGGCACCUAAAAAAGCUGUAAAAAACUAA